UACCUUAUUGCAAUGGCUAGAACCAAGCAAACUGCCCGUAAAUCUACUGGUGGCAAAGCCCCCAGGAAGCAGCUCGCCACCAAGGCUGCUCGUAAGAGCGCGCCUGCCACAGGCGGUGUGAAGAAGCCUCACCGUUACAGGCCUGGCACAGUGGCUCUGAGAGAAAUCCGCCGUUACCAGAAGUCGACCGAGCUUCUGAUUCGCAAGCUGCCCUUCCAGCGGCUGGUGAGAGAAAUUGCCCAGGAUUUCAAGACCGACCUGCGUUUCCAGAGCUCUGCCGUCAUGGCUCUGCAGGAAGCCAGCGAGGCCUAUCUGGUUGGCUUGUUUGAGGACACCAAUCUGUGUGCCAUCCACGCCAAGAGGGUGACCAUCAUGCCCAAGGACAUCCAGCUGGCCCGCCGCAUCCGAGGAGAGCGCGCUUAA